AUGAGCUCAGUGGCAACCAACAACAUGUCAUAUCUCAACCCUAGAACUGUAAUUUUGACUGGAAUCCCCGGACUAGAGCAUGUGCAGUUUUGGAUUGGAUUUCCGUUCUUCGCAGUGUGUCUAGUGGCUCUUUUGGGAAAUAUUGUUUUAUUGAUCAUCAUCCCAGCUGAGCGUAGCUUGCACCAGCCCAUGUAUAUCUUCCUGGCUGUGCUGGCAGCUACAGAUAUAGGACUCUGUGCAGCAAUUGCUCCCAAGAUGUUGGCCAUCUUUUGGUUCAGAGCUUAUUCUAUGGUCUUUGAUGCCUGCCUAACUCAGCUAUUCUUCAUCCAUACUUUACAGUGCAUGGAGUCUGGUAUUCUCUUGGCAAUGGCUUUUGAUCGCUACAUUGCCAUCUGUGACCCUCUGAGACACACAUCUGUCCUUACGCCUUCAGUUCUGCGUCGUAUGAUAGUGGUGGUGGUAACUCGAGCAGUAAUACUAGUAGGUCUGUUACCAAGUCUUAUAAAAAGACUGCAUCUUUUUCAUUCUGUUCAGAUUGCCCACUCUUAUUGUGAACACAUGGCUGUGGUGAAGCUUGCAGCAGAUGAUGUACAAGUCAAUAAAAUAUGUGGUCUUUUUGUGGGCUUUAGCAUUCUGGGAUUUGAUAUGACUUUUAUCCUCAUAUCUUAUGCACUGAUUUUCCAGGCUGUUUUUCAUCUUCAACAGAAAGAGGGACGGAUCAAAGCCUUUAACACCUGUACAGCUCAUAUUUUUGUUUUUCUAGAGUUUUAUAUCCUUGCCUUUUUCUCCUUUUUCAGCCACCGUUUUGGUCAUGUUGUUCCUUCAACCCAUAUUCUUCUGUCUACCAUCUACCUCCUCCUGCCUCCUGCUCUCAACCCUAUUGUGUACGAUGUAAAAAAUAUGGUCAUUCGUAGGCGGGUGGAACAGAUCUUUCUUCUAAAUCGUGGAUGUCAGCAGUGA